AUGUAUGCGAUAACUUUGUUCAUACUAGCGCUACAUUUUAUCUACAGAUACUUGUCGGUGAGCAGGUGAGUUUUCAGCAGAAUUUUUAAAGAAAAAAUUUCUUGCAGGCCUCGGAUGUUGAGGUUUUUCACCCGUAGGUAUUCCUUUAUCUGGGUUCUCUUGAUUGUCGCUAUCGGAGCCAAUUGUUUCAUUCUACAGUUUUACACACUGGGUCCGGUUCCAGAAGUUACCGAGGCUGUUAGGUUUACAUUGAACACUGAUAGUGAGGUUAUUUUACUCGGAGCUCUAAAAUGGCUGUUAAAUAACAGAAAGAUUCUUCUCUAAUGAAUAUCUUGAAAGUCUCAACCGGUUGGGAUUUUUGAGAACGUAAGCUUGUAAGUAUUAGUUUACUGCAAAGUGUUUGAAAAAGGAAAUUCUGACGCAUUCUUUCUCAAAAAUCAGGUACUGUGUAAGUAGAGGGUUUUAGUACUAGGCUCAAGAAAAUAAAAAAAUUUUCUAGUAACACGUAAAAAAUAAAAUUUCCGAAUAAAAUGACCUUCUUUGGAAGUGAACAAGUGCAAAUGUUUAAUAUUACUAGAGCUUACAUCUAUCAACAAUACAAAGAAAAGAUCGACGAGCUCCCCUACAACCACGUCCGCUACUUUGUAAGUUGAAAAAGUAAGCGCAAAGGCGAAAAAAGAUUUCAGAUAGUCGGGGAAGGAGGAAAACUUGAGUUCAACAUAAGACAGCUGAAUGCCAUUUUUGGCUUGGUUUUUUGUCUUGUAAGAAUCUGAUGGAGAAAAAAGAUGGACAACAUUUUUGAGCCUGCAACAAUGAUCGCUUCAUUGCUGUGCGGUCUGAAGACGUGGAGCUGCAUCAACAAUCAGUUAUCAGUGACGGCGGCAACGAGUACGAUUCGCCUUCAAAGGCAACUUCUCUACGCACUACUCGCUCAGGUGAACGUUUUUUGAACUGAAGUUUUUUGAUAAAUCAAGCGUUUUCUGUUACUGUCGCUCGUUCCGCAUGGUAAAUUUAAGCUCCGUGAAACCAUUUUCAAGAACUUUUUUUUCCGAAAAACAACUCUAAAAAAUCUCAAAAGACGCAUACAAAAAGAUAAAAAAAAAGACACAUCGUUCUAGUUUCAGUACAUAAUACCGUGUUUCUUCAACUACAUACCUCUCCUUGUCACUUUCCUCUCUCCCGCAUUUUUCAUCACCUUGGAUCCCUACACAAACGCGAUCUGCAGUCUCAUACCCUACUAUCCAGCCCUAGACGGGAUCGCAGUGAUUCUUAUCAUCAAAGACUACAGAACACAGUUGAAAUGUGAGUUUUCGAUCUGAACUCUAUCCUAAUUUCUGUUUUUUUAGCUCUUGUCGGCAUCAGACGACAUAUUUCCACGUCAAACAUUUCCAUCCACAACAUUACACAUACACAUAUUCGGCUGCGUUGAAAUAUUUUUAUUUCCAAAAAAAUUUUUUUCUUGCGCGAAAAAUCUCUAUGCUUUUUUUCUUUCUGACGCCAGAGGAGAAAAAAAUAAUUUUUUUUAUGUGUACAAAUCUAUUUUUUUCAUAAAGCAUGUGAAAAAUCACACAAAGUUCAACCACAUCAAGUAAAAAUAAAACUGAAGCUCUUGGAGAUCCAACUUUUUUGGACGUGAGAAAAUUUUUUACUUCCACGCGUAUAAACAAAUCAAGAACCGAAAGAGCUAACAAGCUUCCUGGAUCAUAGAGCGUUUGCGAAAAAAAUUCUUUCAGCAAUAGAUGCAUUAUCACUUCUUGAUCAAUUAUUUUUUACUUGAUCGACUUUCUCAAUAAAACUCGCCCUUACGUUCCCGGGACCACAUGCGAGAAAAUGAUAACCCCCUCGAAAUCGCUUUUUUGAAGUUGAAAUAAGUUUCUACUUGUACAAACCCUUUCAUUGGAGUCUUCCAUACACUACAAGACUACAAAAACUUUUCGAAUUAUUGUUCGAUAUUAGGCAAAUCGGCGCGCCCUAGUGGAACAGGUUGCGUGCCUGUCUACGGUCCAAAGAGUCACAAGUUCGAUCCCCGCCGCGACACAACCAAGGACUUCAAGAAGUUUUGCAAGUGGGACACCACGGCUUCAUAA